CUGUAGAAAACAGUCCUGACUCCGUGGAUUUCUUCUCGCAGCUCAUGAGUUUUCGGCUAGACCUAUGAUCCCGCCUGUGAGACUUCACUGCACGUUUUCUCAAGUGUCUUCCUCCCGGAUGUGUGGUACCUCACCAUGGACCUGCUGCUUUAGCUUAGACGUGGCCAGCAAUGAGUAGUAGUAAGAUAUGUGCUGAUUAAAAGGCUCGCUUGUGCAGUGUGGACGAUAAGCAGUGCCUUACAAAAAUGGGGUUUGGGAGUGACCUGAAGAAUUCACAUGAAGCUGUGUUAAAAUUGCAAGACUGGGAAUUGCGGUUACUGGAAACAGUGAAGAAAUUUAUGGCCCUGAGAAUAAAAAGUGAUAAAGAAUAUGCAUCUACGUUACAGAACCUUUGUAAUCAAGUUGAUAAAGAAAGUACUGUCCAAAUGAAUUAUGUCAGCAAUGUAUCCAAGUCUUGGCUGCUUAUGAUUCAGCAGACGGAACAACUAAGUAGGAUAAUGAAGACCCACGCAGAGGACCUCAACUCUGGACCCUUACACAGGCUCACCAUGAUGAUCAAGGACAAGCAGCAGGUGAAGAAAAGUUACCUGAGUGUUCACCAGCAGAUAGAGGCGGAGAUGAUCAAGGUUACAAAGACAGAAUUAGAGAAAUUAAAAUCCAGCUAUAGACAAUUAAUAAAAGAAAUGAAUUCUGCCAAAGAGAAAUAUAAAGAAGCUUUAGCUAAAGGGAAGGAAACAGAAAAGGCCAAGGAGCGUUACGACAAAGCCACGAUGAAGCUGCACGUGCUGCAUAAUCAGUACGUGCUGGCUCUGAGAGGGGCCCAGCUCCACCAGAGCCAGUACUACGACACCACGCUGCCCCAGCUUCUGGACUCCCUACAGAAGAUGCAGGAAGAGAUGAUCAAAGCACUAAAAGGUAUAUUUGAUGAAUACAGCCAGAUCACCAGCCUUGUUACAGAGGAGAUAGUGAAUGUCCAUAAAGAGAUUCAGAUGUCGGUUGAACAGAUAGACCCUAGCACAGAAUACAAUAAUUUCAUAGAUGUCCACAGAACAACGGCUGCUAAAGAACAAGAAAUUGAAUUUGAUACGUCCUUAUUAGAAGAAAAUGAAAAUCUUCAGGCAAAUGAGAUCAUGUGGAAUAAUUUAACAGCAGAAAGUUUGCAAGUAAUGUUGAAAACUUUAGCAGAAGAACUUAUGCAGACCCAGCAGAUGCUUCUAAACAAGGAGGAGGCUGCCCUGGAGCUAGAGAAGAGAAUUGAAGAAUCUUCUAAGACCUGUGAAAAGAAGUCUGAUAUUGUGCUUCUACUAAGCCAAAAACAAACACUUGAAGAGCUGAAACAGUCAGUCCAGCAACUGAGAUGCACUGAAGCAAAGUUUGCAGCCCAGAAAGAACUGCUCGAGCAAAAAGUGCAAGAAAAUGAUGGGAAAGAGCCACCACCGGUAGUGAAUUAUGAAGAAGACGCGCGCUCCGUUACGUCCAUGGAAAGAAAGGAAAGGCUAUCCAAAUUUGAGUCUAUUCGUCAUUCAAUUGCUGGAAUAAUUAGAUCUCCGAAAUCCGCACUGGGCUCCUCAGCACUCUCUGAUGUGAUCUCUGCAAGCGAGAAGCCGCUGGCCGAGCAGGACUGGUACCAUGGCGCCAUCCCGAGGAUAGAGGCGCAGGAGCUGCUGCGGCAACAGGGCGACUUCCUGGUGCGCGAGAGCCACGGCAAGCCUGGCGAAUACGUCCUCUCCGUGUACUCCGACGGGCAGCGCAGACACUUCAUCAUACAGUUUGUCGAU